UCCAGGCAACCUAGUGCUGAUCGCCCGUGCCGGUGCGGCCGUUAACCGCCCUUGCCGGAGCCUGAGGCUCAAGAGCAGCCCCCUCCCCUUCGUGGGCUUACCCCCACCCACUUCCCGGUCGGCUCCGGGGCAUGAGCAGCGAUGGCGGGCUGUAUCCCGGAGGAGAAAACUUACCGGCGCUUUCUGGAGCUAUUCCUGGGCGAGUUUCGCGGACCGUGCGGCGGCGGCGAGCCGGAGCUGGAACCCGAACCCGAGUCGGAGCCCGAGCCCGAACUGGUAGCGGCUGAGGCGGCCGAGGCUUCGGUCGAGGAAGCCGGGGAAGAGGCGGCAACGGUAGCCGCGACGGAGGAGGGGGAGCAGGAGCGAGACCCCGAGCCCGAGGAGGAGGCGGUGGAGGAAGAGACGGUGGCGGCGGAGGGCGAGGAGGAGGAGGCAGCGGCAGCCCGGGGGCAUUCGGCCGUGCCGCCGCCGCCGCCGCAGCCCCAGCUGCCGCCUCUACCCCCGCUCCCGCGACCGCUGUCGGAGCGCAUCACCCGCGAGGAGGUGGAGGGCGAGAGCCUGGACCUGUGCCUACAGCAGCUCUACAAAUAUAACUGCCCUUCCUUUUUGGCUGCUGCUUUAGCCAGAGCCACAUCAGACGAAGUCCUUCAGAGUGAUCUUUCUGCACAUUAUAUUCCAAAGGAAAUGGAUGGCACAGAAGGGACUGUGGAGAUUGAGACAGUGAAACUGGCCCGUUCUGUCUUCAGCAAACUACACGAGGUUUGCUGCAGCUGGGUGAAAGACUUCCCUCUCCGCAGGAGACCCCAGCUUUAUUAUGAGACGUCAAUCCACGCCAUCAAAAACAUGCGCAGGAAAAUGGAGGACAAACACGUCUGCAUUCCCGACUUUAAUAUGCUCUUCAACCUAGAGGACCAGGAAGAACAAGCUUACUUUGCAGUGUUUGAUGGCCAUGGGGGCGUGGACGCGGCCAUCUAUGCUUCCAUUCACCUGCACGUUAACUUAGUACGCCAGGAGAUGUUCCCCCAUGAUCCUGCUGAGGCCCUGUGCCGGGCCUUCCGGGUCACUGACGAGCGGUUUGUACAGAAAGCAGCCAGGGAGAGUUUAAGAUGUGGGACCACAGGAGUGGUGACGUUUAUCAGAGGCAACAUGCUUCAUGUGGCCUGGGUGGGUGAUUCCCAGGUUAUGCUUGUGAGAAAGGGCCAAGCUGUUGAACUAAUGAAGCCACACAAACCGGACAGAGAGGAUGAAAAGCAGCGAAUUGAGGCCCUUGGAGGUUGUGUAGUCUGGUUUGGUGCCUGGAGGGUGAAUGGAAGUUUGUCGGUCUCCAGAGCUAUUGGAGAUGCCGAACAUAAGCCAUAUAUCUGUGGGGAUGCAGAUUCUGCCUCUACUGUUUUAGAUGGAACUGAAGACUACCUCAUUCUGGCCUGUGAUGGCUUCUAUGACACCGUGAACCCCGAUGAGGCAGUGAAAGUUGUGUCUGAUCACUUGAAAGAGAAUAAUGGAGACAGCAGCAUGGUGGCCCACAAAUUAGUGGCAUCAGCUCGUGAUGCUGGGUCAAGUGAUAACAUCACUGUUAUUGUGGUAUUCCUGAGGGACAUGAACAAAGCUGUAAAUGUUAGUGAGGAAUCAGAUUGGACAGAGAACUCUUUUCAAGGAGGGCAAGAAGAUGGUGGGGAUGAUAAGGAGAAUCAUGGAGAGUGCAAACGCCCUUGGCCGCAGCACCAGUGCUCAGCACCUGCUGAUCUAGGCUAUGAUGGGCGCGUGGAUUCAUUCACUGAUAGAACCAGCCUGAGUCCAGGGUCCCAAAUCAACGUGCUGGAAGACCCAGGCUACCUAGAUCUCACACAAAUAGAAGCAAGCAAACCUCACAGUGCCCAGUUUUUGCCACCAGUUGAGAUGUUUGGUCCUGAUGCACCAAAGAAAGCAAAUCUUAUUAAUGAGCUAAUAAUGGAGAAAAAAUUAGUUCAAUCAUCAUUGCCUGAAUGGAGUGGUGCUGGAGAGUGUCCCUCUUCUUUUAAUUUGGGUUCAACAGGGCAGCAGAUAUACAGAAUGGAGAGCUUGUCUCCUGUCUGUUCUAGGUUGGAAAAUGAACAGUUCAAAUUCCUGGGAAAGAGAGUUUCUAGAUUGUCUCAUUUACGCUACCACUACUCAAAGAGGCGGCACGGAUUCAAGUUUAAUCCAAAGUUUUAUUCAUUUCUCUCUGCUCGAGAGCCUUCCCACAAAAUAGGCGCUAGCCUGACCUCACUUACUCGAAGUGGGAAGAGAAAUAGGAUGUUAAGAAGUUCUCUGCCAUGGAGGCAAAAUAGUUGGAAAGGGUACAGUGAAAUCAUGACAAGAAAGUUCGAAAAGAAUGAUAUUCCAUACCCAGAUCUUCCCUGGAGCUUUAAAAUAUAAUACUUUCUCUUUAAAGUAGGCUAGCUAGCUCUCCCCCAAUAAAAAUAUCACCAUCAGAGUAGAAACAAGGUAGACAUUUCUGAAAUAUGCGUGCUUCAUUAUGAAACCAUGGAUGGUUCAAUUCUUAAAUGUAAAUAGAUCUCUAGGAAACUCAAUACAGUGUUUUCAAUCUAAUAAAAAAGUAUUGGCAGUUUCACUAGCAAAAUUACACAACUGGUCCCUGUGAUGUGUCUCCAUACCUACAGACAACCCCCACCCUGUGACCCCUUCACGUCACUAGUGGAGGCUUAAGAGUUAGUUAUUUCAGCCAGGAUACAUAUAGUGUUGAAAUCUCAGUGCAGGUGAAAGCUGGUCUGAUGUGCCUAAUAUCUCUCUGGAAAACUUAAUGCAGAAUUUGAUCAAGUUGGGGAAUGUUCCUCAAAAGACUGGGGACUAUGAGGGAAAAAAUCUCUCCCCCUUUUUUGGGUAGGUAAGACUAAAAGCCAUAUGGGUUUUAACUGGUAACAAUGAAAGCAGAAAACUAGGGUAAAAAUGUCAUAUUCUGACUUGUGAAGCGGUAUACAGUCAAACGGAUUCACUAAUUUUUUUUCUGUACCAUAAGACUGAAAAUUUUUUGAAUUAAAAAGUAUUUCCUAGGGCUGUUAGCUAUCUGGGAGUUUUAUUACCUGUUACGGUGCUUUUGACAGAAUUACUUAUUAUUUUAGAAGACCUCUGUCAGCUGGUUUUAACCUAUGAUGCUAAUGUGUUUUUCACUGUACCUUCAUCUCAGGAAUAAAACUUGUUUAAUGGAGAUGAUUUCAGGUACAAAUAUACCAGAAUCAAAUUGCCAUUUUAAAAGAAAAUCAAAGUGUUUCUAUUUUUUCUGCCUUUUUUUUUUUUUAAAGUUCACAGACAGCAAAGGCAUAUACUACAAUAAAAUCAGGGGUUUUGGAGAAUGAAAAAUACUAGUUUUAACUUCUCUAAAAUUGUUUCCCCCAAGGUAAUGAACUAAUUGGUGUGAAAAAGGCUGAAAGUACUGCCUAUAUGAGCCCAGAGGCCAAGUGCCGAGAGAAUGCAGAUCACUGAAAUGAGGUCUGUUCAGCUGUAACUCAGUCUUGCUACUACCUGCAGCUUCAGACUGCACAGAAAGGACAUAUGUUUUUCAUUUCAAUAUUUAUUUACAUUUGACAUUUUGAAAUUGUCUUCUUUUUUGCCACUUGUGCAGUUUCAAGUCAGAAGCGUAUCUGUACCUAGAGGCAACAAAUAAACUAAUAAUCAGAUUCAUCUGGUGAGGCAGCCUGAUUCUCUGAGAAUCGUGUCUGUCUCCACAUGAGAGUUUACCCUCCCCAGUCAGGCAUGGAGCAGCCACGCCAGUGCCCAGGAGCGGCCUGCUGUCCUGCUCACUCCCUCUUACUGCUGGGAGGCACUAAAUGCUCUUGCUGAGAAAUGUCCACUGACAAUUGUGUGUUUACGUAAUACCAAUACAAUUACGUUA